AUUUCCAAAAGUACAAGGAGACACUUUUGCAAGUUUCUAGUCCACUUUCAGGUCCACAAGACCUGAAAGAACCUUGCAUCACUGACCUCCGAACCACUCGGACGAGAUGUUCUGCAGCAGCGUGAAAGGCACGCAGAAGAAGGUGAUGAGCAGGUCGCUGACGGCCAGCGAGCAGAUGAAGAUGUCUGUGGCUGUGUGCACCGCUCUCUUCUUCAGCACCACGUGGAUCACCAGGCUGUUUCCCGCCAGCGCCAACACGAAGAUGAGCGCGUACAUGAGCACGAAGGCGGUCUUGGCGGCGCGGGGCAGCUCGGGGACGUAGACCAGAGGCUGGAUGUUGUAGGUGCUGAUGAAGUCCUGCCGGCUCAGGUUGUAGUGCUGGAGAGUCUCCUGCAACAUCUCCGGGGUGAUCCUGCCCGAGGAGUCCGCGGAGGGCGCCGCCAUGGCCGCUUUACAUCUUCUUGAACCCGCCGUCAUCACCUGACGUCCGGAUGACUCCUGAGUCCUGCCGGACUGCGGAGAGCCUGACUGAGUGUGCUCCUCCUCCUCCACCUCCUCCUUGUUGGAGGAAGGAACCUCCUGCUGCUGCUGCUGCCAAUCAAACCCAACAAAAAAAAAAGCUUUUAUUUGCAAAUACGGAAGUUAUGGAUGUGGUGUCACUAUGCAAAAUAACGAACCCGGAAGCAAUUUUUGUGCUAAAAGUUACCGGCAAAACAGUUUUCUGUUUAAUAUUAUUUUUCCCCUCCCAAGUAGAACACAAAAACAAAACUUAUAACACCCCCCAUAAAAAAAAGACAAUAAAUCUAACAACUUUGUUGACAAAAUACAAAAACAAACUUCCACUCCAAUAUCCGCAUCACUAGCUAGCUAGCUAGCUAGCUAGCUAAACACAAAACCAUAUCGAGUCAAAAUCAUCAACUUAAAUAGCAAAUACUCUAAACACAAGAAUCCAUACUUUCAUUUUAGGCAUUUUAUGCUCAAUUUCUAAAGACAGAUUCAUUUAUUCUUAUAUAAAAAGGAAAAAAAAAAGUAAUUCAAAAGCUCUCAGACUCUCAGAAAACAUAAUCAAUAAUGUUUUCAUUCAGUCGCUGCGUGGAAUAAACAAACUGCUAUCAAAUUGUCCUUCCUUUUUAUAUGUUUUAUUUCCAACUGUAUUUCCUGCAAGGCUAAACUCCAACUGAGUAACUUUCCAUUAGCAAAAGCUAACUUUUGCACAAAAAACAAAGGAUUAUGGUCUGUGUAGACCGGGGGGGUCGGCAAACUUUCCCACUUUUGGACACAUUUUGUAAAGAUAUUCAAUUGUUUUAGGCCACCGUUCAAUUUUUAUGAAAACAUACGCAGAUCUUUAACAAGAAAAAAAAAACAUUUAACAGACUGCAACAACAAAAAUAAACAGGAAGUCUGUCAACAAAAAAUACCUAUGUACAUAAAUGACAUAAACAUUACACUGGGACCAUGCUAUUAGCUACUGGCUAGCUAAUUAGCAUAUACAGUGUUCCUUUAUCGCUGGAAUCUACAUCUUGGCCGCAAAAACAGGAGCCGUCAGACUCCCGCGGAACGACGGCAAAAAGGAGCUCCGACGGAAGUCUGACCGGUCACGUCUCGCUGUCGUCUGAGUGGAACAAGAUGGCGGCGAGGGGCACGCUGAGGUUCGGGACCCUCAGUCGUCACUCCUUCUUUUCCCGCCACAACCCUCACCCGCACCGGGUGAGACACAUUCAAGGUCUCAAUGGACGGCCGGUUUGCAUGGUGAGGGACGACUGGUUUGUCUCCUCCUCGUUAUUCCCUCAUCCUCUCCUCAAAAGUCACGUUCAAAGGCAACCCAGCGUCCCGUCCUCGAUUUUUCCGCCCCAGCAAAACCUUGGCGGGGCUAAUAGCGCCAUGUUUUCAGAAGCUUGGAGAGAUGAACUCAAAGAUCUGGCGGCCAAAGUCGCCUCGUCUCCUCGGGCGCAAAACGACAAGAAGACGGCCCGACCUGAGGAGGAACCAGUCUCCCGUAAGACCCAAUACUCCGCCCAAACUGGGAGAAUCAUCCCUCCGAUGUCCGUGUCUCACCACCGUAGACCUCAAACCCUGAACCUGGACUAUCUGCAACCUUUCCACAAUCAAGAACUGAUGGUACUGGAGCUACUUAGUCAGAUCCUGCAGACCGAUUCCCUGUCUGCGGUCCAGCAGUGGCUUCUCAUGGCGGGCCAGAGGGAGAAGGACCUGGUGAUGAAGAUGCUGAAGCAAGCGCUGGACGGUGUUGACUUCUCAGGCCGCCGGCAGCCAAACUUGCAGCAUCUUCGAGAGUUUCAUCCUGGUUUUUCGCCGUUAACCGAUGGGUCCUCAAGGACAAAAACACAAACAUCCAGAUCAGACCCAGCAAUCAGAACAUCCAGCAGUGACAAGCCAGAGAUGAUGGGAGACGCGCAAGUUCUUGAAAUCCACUCCAGGGAGGAACACGAUAGCGGCGAGACUUCACAAGACUGAAGUGACUAUUUAUAAUGAUGAUAUGGAUUUUCAUUUCGACUCACUUGUGGAAAAAAAAAAAAAAAAAAAAUUGCAAUACAGCAAAGAGAAA